AGGUGUCUUCAAGGUCGCUUUGCGGAGCGGGAGCGCGCCUGAGUGACCGGCCCCGGGUUCGGGCCCGCGCCGCGUCCCUUUGAGCGAGUUCGCCGGCAACAUGACGGGGUACACGGCGGAUGAGAAGCUGCGGCUGCAGCAGCUGCGGGAGCUGAGGAGACGAUGGCUGAAGGACCAGGAGCUGAGUCCCCGGGAGCCUGUGUUGCCACCGCGCAAGAUGUGGCCCCUGGAGGGAUUCUGGAAUAACUUUUUGCAGGACGGGGCCGUGUGGAAGAAGGUGCUCUUUAAGACAUACCGGUCCAGUAUCUUCACUGUCUCUCAUAUACUUGUACCUCUCUGGUUCAUUCACUACUACGUCAAAUACCACGUUGCGGCAAAACCAUAUGGCAUCGUUGACACGAAGCCCAAGAUAUUCCCAGGUGAUACAAUUCUGGAGACUGGAGAAGUAAUUCCACCAAUGAAACAUUUUCCUGAUCAACAUCAUUAAAGAGCACAUAAAAACUUAAAAGACUUGUGUAAUAGCAAAAGUCUUUUCAUAUAGUGCUGUAUUUACUGAAUCUGUUUCCUGGAAAAGUAACUAAUAAAGCUUAUUCUCAGAG